GGAUUUCAAACCCGCUGGCCGUACGCAACCUUAACAAGGCGCCCGCCGCCGGGCACAGGCUGCCGCGGGCAGCCCCACGGUCCUUGGGCCCCGGGGCUGGUUUGGGCUGUUUCCCGGCUAGCCGCACACCCGGGGGGCAGCCUGGCUGAUGACGGGCUGGGGCAGCCAGCGCCCCCCGCGGGGGCUGUGCACAAAGUAGCUGCAGCGGCCCAGCGACGCGCUGAUUCUACAGGGACGGUAGAAACCCGGACUGGCCAUUACCCCAGAGCCCGAACCCCGCAUCCCAGCCAGCAGCGCCUCGGCCCUCAGCCAGCUCUUUUCUCUGCCGCUCGGCGGGGCAAACCAGCUGGGCGGAGGCGCGAGGAACUGAGUCCGUGGCCCCGCCCCGAUUGCCGUCACUCUCCCACUCACCGUUUGACAACGGACUACAACUCCCAUCAUGCGCCGCGCCGUUCCACCAAUAGCGAGGGCGCUUCUUUGCCGCCUGCGCCAGGAACGGACCAGUGGUUGCGUGCGCUCUUGCUGGGCGUAGGAGGGGCCAAUCAGAGAGCGGCCGUGGCGGUGGCGGCAGGACGGUUACGGUUCAAACGCUGGUGCACUAUGUCCCAGAUAAAAACAGAAGAUGAACUGAUCCUUUUUGAAAAAGAGAUCAAAGAAUUUUGGACGAAAUUCAAAAGCAUUUGUGGUAGUGAACACGUCAAUCAGACUUUGGGACUAAGAGAAUCAUGCAAGGAGUCCAUAAAAGCACUCUCAGAGAAGUGGUCCAAGAAGUUAAAAGAAGGGGAUCUAAUGAUUGACAAAAUUCAGGAAUACAGAAAUGAGAUCCUCCAGCAGAACAUAUGCAUUGAAGAAAAGCAAGAGAACUUAACUGAAAUUAAUUCCAAAAUAAAGCAUGAAGAAGAACAAAAGAGAGACUUUAUUGAUCGCAUCCAAGAGCUCAAGGAAGAGUUGUCCAGAAAAAAGGAAAUUAUAUCUACUAAAAACAAGGCCACCAAAGAGAGGCUGGAAAGAUUGAGUAAGUCUAAAGAACUGUUUGAAGAGCGGCUUGGGCUAGAAAUACGCAGAAUUUAUGAUGAACAGUUGCAGUUUAUAUUUCGAUGUAUUGACCACAAAGAUCCUGACAAGCCAUACACGUUUACUCUCUCUAUAAACGAACAGGGAGACUAUGAAGUGACAAGCAGCUCUCCUCCUCUGGAUUGUAUAGCAGAACUCCAGCUAAAAGUGAGAGAAACCAACAACUUUGCUGCAUUUAUUGCCAACAUCAGAAAAGCUUUUACAGCUUUGUCUUAUAAGUAAUCUGCAACUAUAUGUAAAAUUGGCUUCCUGCCUCUCUUCCUGUCCCUGUGUGCAUUCCCUGCGCUUCCUUUUGUAUUAACAGAACAGUGGAGUGAAAGGAAAUAUUUAUGUAUGUUUUUUAAUAUUCCAUUUUCUAAAUAAAGAAAAAUGGUGAAAUGUUUUAGUC